AUGCUAUGUCAAAACAUCCCAGCCCGUUUGAAGCAAAAAGUUGUGGAUUUAUUGGAUUAUGGGUCCAGAUGCAACCUUCGAGUUAGCUCGAAAGACGAUCGAGACGUUGUGGAUUCUACGAAAUUUGUUCCAGAAAAACUGAAAAUUUCAGAAAAAGAAUGUGAUAUGUCAGAAGCGAAGUCAACAAUUCGUUUGGAAAUCGAUUCAUUUUCAAUUUGGUUGACUGGAAAAGAGAAUCUGACAAAAAUUGAUAGAGGAUGGAAUGGAGAAAUCGUUGAAGAAUUGAGUGAAAUUAAGAAGGAAAACCGAUACGAAAAUUUUCAAAAAUUAUUGCUCAAAUUUUCAAAAGAGGUGUAA